AUGGAGGUGUCACGCAGCAAAAAGCCCCGCUUGGGCUCUACAGGUUCGCUAUCGGAACACAAUGACAAGCCAGACGCUGUUCUAGCGGAACACCAAACGCCUAUCGGUGGCAGCGACGAGGCCCUAGACCGCCGCCGUCUUAAAAAACGGGAGUCUGAUCGUAAAUGCCAGCGUAUCUCUCGCCAGCGGAAGAAGUCCCGCGUUGCGUAUCUUGAAAACAUGGUGGACCAGCUCAAAGAAGCUGACGCGUCAGGCCAAGUAAACAAUUUACUCCAGCAAAUCUCGCACCUGAAGUCUGAGAGAGAUUCCUUCGAGGAGAAACUCAUGGCGAUCGAUCACAUCCUACAUCCCGCCAACCUAAGUAAUUCAGCUCGUGGAGAAGCGGAAUUUGAAUUACGAAGUAUUUGUACAAAAGCCAUUCCAGAGACACAGAAGGAAGCACCUACAUCACCGUUCAGUCCAAUUUUCGGUGACUCGAAAAAGGAUUCGCCAUCCGAUCCUGAAAUUUUCACGCCACCGGAACUUCACGCGGGGAUCGUAUUGCCACGACUAGACCCUUUUCCAGAGGUGGACAUACGACUCCAGGAACUGAAAACCCAAGAUGAAGUGGCGAGUACGUUACAGGUCAACGAUUUCAAGAAAUCAGAAACGGCAUUCCCCCGGCCAUACCUAGGCACGCCUUAUCCGACGGUUUCGACUCAAAACACAUCAUUAUUGAGUGGACACAGUUGCGGUUGUGGCCAGGCCAAUGCACAGAAGAUGCUUCAUCGAAGCAUCUGGUAUUACGGAAAUAUCACCUUAGGAGGAUGGAUGAAAUGGCCAUCAGUCGCGUCCGCGUAUCCCAAUGCCGAUCCAUAUCUCGAAGACACUUCGGUGCGGGUGGUUGUCGAAGGUUGGGCUGCCAUUGAACGCCGGGGUAAUGUACAUCCAAUCUGGCGCCUCAUGCGUCGCAUGGAUGAAUCAUUGUUCAAAUAUAGUGAGAACUCUACCAUGCGACUGAGCAUCCUCUACGGCGUCGCUCGCCUGAUGUUGGCGCACAUUGAUCAGUCCAACGAUCUAUACAACAAACUCCCUCCAUAUCUGCGCGACGGCCCAAAGCAGAAGACCUACGCAUAUGCUACAAAUUUCCCGGCGUGGCCAGGCAUUAGGAGAGCCCUGAGCGUCAACGAACAUCAAUACUGCUCUAACCACUUUUGGCACAGAUUCAUUAACAGUAUGCGACUACGGUGGCCUUUUGAAUUUCGAGACUGCUAUCGUUAUAAUAAAAGCAAUGGAUCUUAUUCUUUGUCUCCAACCUAUCUGGAACUGGAAGACGAUCUUCAUACCUCCGGUGUCACACGUGACUUUUUUGAUCACUACCCAGAAUUCCGAGGGAUGAUUGCUGCAGUGGAUGAAAUACCCCCGUCACUGGCAAUCGAUAUACCAGAUUUUAGUGAGAGGGCCACCGCGUCGGGUUCAUUGUCGUUCUUCGCUCAGAACCAGCGGCCCGUAUUCCCAUAUGCUAUGCGAGGCCAAAUGGGCCCACCGAUGGCAGGAGACGGCGUGAUGAAUAAACAUGAACAUAGUUGUCAAGAGAUCAUUGAGCAGCCUCAGAGUUUUGUCCAAGAAGCCGGUGCCAACGGAGAACCAUUACCUGGCCAAGAUCCUCAACUACCAUGUCUACCGACUGGUGCUUUCAGCGUUGUGGAAGCAGAUCUGAUGGCGCAAGAUGGCAGACCAAUCGAAGGACCAUGGCUCAACGAAGAAGAACAACUUGAUCAAAUCUUGGAAUGCUCGACAUCAUUCCAUUCCACAUUCUUCCCCGGGCGAGACUUCUUGUGA